GGGGGGCGGCGGGCGCGGGCCGGAGCGCCAUGAGCAGCCCCGAUGCGGGCUACGCCAGCGACGAGCAGGGCCAGAGCCGCCGCCGCGCGCUGCCCGCCGUGAUGGCCGGGCUGGGCCCCUGCCCCUGGGCCGAGGCGCUGAGCCCCCUGCAGGACAUGAAGGCCAAGGGCGAGCCGGCGGCCGGCGCGGGGCCCCCGGCCGGGGCGGCGGGCCGGGCCAAGGGCGAGUCCCGCAUCCGGCGGCCCAUGAACGCCUUCAUGGUGUGGGCCAAGGACGAGCGCAAGCGCCUGGCGCAGCAGAACCCCGACCUGCACAACGCCGAGCUCAGCAAGAUGCUGGGCAAGUCGUGGAAGGCGCUGACGCUGGCGGAGAAGCGGCCGUUCGUGGAGGAGGCCGAGCGGCUGCGCGUGCAGCACAUGCAGGACCACCCCAACUACAAGUACCGGCCGCGCCGUCGCAAGCAGGUCAAGCGGCUCAAGCGCGUGGACGGCGGCUUCCUGCACGGGCUGGCCGAGCCGCCGGCCGCCGGGCUGGGCGGCGCCGACGCGGGCCGCGUGGGCCUGGACGGGCUGGGCCUGCCCUUCGCCGAGCCCGGCUACCCCGGGGGGCCGCCGCCGCCGCCGCCGCCCGCGCCGCCGCUGCUGCCCCCGCACCUGGCCGGCCACUACCGCGACUGCCCGGGACUGGACGGCUACCCGCUGCCCACGCCCGACACGUCCCCGCUGGACGGCGUGGAGCCCGACCCGGCCUUCUUCGGCGCGCCGCUGCCCGCGGACUACAGCUACGCGCCGGCCCUGGACUUCGGGGGUCCCGCGGAGCCCCCCGGCGGCGCGGCCGCCGCCCUGCACGCGCGCCUGGGCGCCGACCCCGCGGGACCCCCCGUGCCCGGGCUCCUGGCGGGCCCCGGCGCGCUGCACAUGUACUACGGCGCGGUGGGCGCGCCCGCGGCCGGGGGUCCCCGCGCCUUCCCGCUGCAGCCCCCGCCGCCCGGGCCCCCCGGCCAGCCGUCGCCCCCGCCCGACGCGCUCCCGGCCCGCGGCGACGCCGACGCCGGGCAGCCCGCCGAGCUGCUCGCCGACGUGGACCGCACCGAGUUCGAACAGUACCUGCACUUCGUGUGCAAGCCCGACCUGGGGCUGCCCUACCCGGGCCACGAGGCGGGCGCCGGGCUCCCCGACGGCCAGGGCGCGCUGUCCUCGGUGGUGUCGGACGCCAGCUCGGCCGUCUACUACUGCAACUACCCGGACGUUUGACGGGGCGCGGCCCCUCCCCGAGGCCCCUCCAGCCCCC